UAUGAUGUCAUCACGAGUAGUGCCCGUGAACCAGGAAGCGUGCAGCCCAGAUGCUGGCUGCAGCCAGCAAGAGCGGCGAGUUGCAUCCGUGCAAGAGGGUCUGUUGAAUCCGCAGGCACGUUUCAGUGUUAAGUUUCCACUGGGUUAUUAGUAACAAAGCUUUAUAGAUGGAUUCCCACAAAGAAGCCCAGCCGAAAGGAGACUUUGAAUGCCAACUAUGUGGGCUAACAGCCCCAUACAGCUAUUAUGGGCAGAAACCCCCAAAUACUCAUUCUGUUGUCCUCCUGGAAGAAAGCUAUGUCAUGAAAGAUCCUUUCAUCCCUGACAAGGACAAAUUCCUUAUCCUUGGAUCUCAGUGCAGUUUGUGUAACAGACGGGUGUGUGUGGGCACAGAAUGUAGUCUAUUCUACUCAAAAAGGUUCUGCCUCCCCUGCGUUAAUGAAAACCUACGGGAGUUUCCUUUGGAAAUACAACAAGACUUGGAGAAAAGGAAGUCUCAUUCAAAAUCCCACCCCACCAAAAAAGCAGAUGCAAGAACUUAAAUUAAAAGCAACUGGAAGAGACACCGCUCAGAGGUUGUGUUUUUUUUGUUUGCCCUAAAAUGUAGAUUUUUGUAAUGAUGAUGUUUAGGCAGUUUACUACCAGUACAAGUAUUUUCAUGACAGUGCUUUAAGUUAGUUUGGAUUUAGGUAUUCCCAUGCAGUGUUUGCAAUGCAGGCACUCCAGCACUGGGCUGCUGCAGGAGAACCAGAAAGGGAAGCAGCCAGGCCUGUGGUCACUGACCAGGUUACAUGUAAUGCAAAUAUUAAACAGCACAAAGGAUGGAAAAAUAGGUCAGAAUUUUAGUUUUUCAAUUUUCAUAAGCUAGGGUGUUAGACAUUUUCUUUCAAGUGUUAUUAAAAAUACAGGCAAUGCUCUCAGCUGGUUUGUCAGUGUAGUUUGACUGAAGACCAUUUACACUAGCUGAGAAUCUGGCCCAUAACAGUUAACUUGACAAUAUCACUUCACUAAGGUUAUGGUAGGCAAAGAACCUGAUGCCUCCUGACUCUUUCCACCCCUAAGUUUCUGUUCUACAGCACGAGAUCACAGAGCGUAUCAGAACGGAUAUUCAUAGAAAAGUAUGUUGUCUGGAGGCCAUUGUGUCAAGACUAUAUCUGCUUGCAGAAGUCAUCCUGUGGCAUUAAACCUGCAAUGGAACAUAUCAGCUGAUACUUACAAGACUGCAACCACUUUUCACUUCAACUUCCAAUGAGGUGGAAACAACCUUUGGGUGGGGCAGUGGGAAAGGGUUCCUUCCUGGGUGCAGCGUUUCCUUUACAAAUUAGAAAAAGAGAGUGCUUUCCAGAUCAUUUUUUGAUCUUGACUGGACAAUAUGAUUUACUUGGAAAUAAUAAAGUUCAGCCAGUUAACUCUGUCAGAUUAACCCUUGCCUUUCUUGGGCAAUUAAAGAGAAAUUCAAGAGACUUAAAUUAGGCUGUGACAGUUUAAACAGUUGAAAUGAUGGCCUUUAUUGAUUUUGCUUUACUUGCAUGGGAUAUUUUAUAUAAAAAUUAAAGUCAAUGUGAACUGUAA